AUGAAACCAAGCAAUGAGGAAGGUGUGCCAAGGCUUCUUAGGUGGAUCAUCAGCGACGUCAGUAAUACAAUCGAGAAAGACCUGAAUGAUGCCAUGAAAAAGAUGCAACCAGGAUGGGUGAAGGAUUAUACUGAUGAAGAGCGAUUGCUUUUGGAUGAGUACCGGAAGAAGAAACAAGAAAAUAACGUAGAUGUUGUGAAGAAAAAGCUGCGCAUUUCAGAUAUGCGAAGAAAGGAGUUGGAUGAGGAGCUUACUGAAGUUCUAGAUAGGCAAGAAAUGCUUCUUAGUUUCAUUGAAGAGAAAAUACUAAAAGUUAAUGAAGUUGGUCUAAUGAGCUUGACAGAAAGAGAAGGUAGCAAGGGUGGUGAUAUGCAUGAUCAUGAAAAUGACAAAGAGGGUAGCAAAGGUGGUGAUGACGAGCAUGGAACUGAAUCUGAAAGGAAUGAAGUUCCGUCUGAAACUCCUGAAAAUCAAAGCACUCCUUCACCAAAGACCAAUGAGGCAAAUGAAGAAGAAGAUGGAAAGGAUGGAACAAGCCAAGGAUUUGAGUCUGAAACUGGUAACAAGCCGAGCACUCUUCUGCCAAAGGAAGUUGAAAUCCCUGAAGGUCAAGAAGAGCAUAUGAAUCUUAAUGACCAGGAUACUGCUCAAACUGAUGAAAUUGACAAAGUAGCUGGGUGUGAAGCUGCUAACAAGCAAAGUACUUCUAUGCCAACUGACAAAGACAAGUGUAAUCAAUGA